GACGCCCCGCCGGCCAUGGGGGACCCGGCGUCCGAGCCGGCGGCGUCGCCCCCCGCCCCGCCCGGAGGGUCUCCGCUCGGCGUCAUCUCGGAGGGCGCGGGCGAGCUGACGCUCAUCGACGCCGAGGUGGCUCAGAAGGCCUGCCGCCGGGUCCUGGAGCAGGCCAAGCUCUCGCUGGACGGGGGGCCGCCCGGCCCGGGCCCCCACCCCGCCGCCGCGGCACCGCCGCUGCCCGCCGCGGCCGCGGCCGCCCCGGGCCGGCAGUCGUGGCUGCUGCGGCUGUUCGAGUCGAAGCUGUUCGACGUGUCCAUGGCCAUCUCGUACCUGUACAAGUCCAAGGAGCCCGGCGUCCAGGCCUACAUCGGCAACCGGCUGUUCUGCUUCGGCGACGACGAGGUGGACUUCUACCUGCCGCAGCUGCUCAACAUGUACGUGCACAUGGGCGAGGGGGUGGGCGACGCCGUCCGGCCCUACGUGGUCCACCGCUGCCGCCUCAGCACGGACUUCUCGCUGCGCUGCGCCCUGCUGCUGGCCGCCUACGCCUCCGACAUGCACAUCUCCGCCCAGCGCCACUCGCGCGGGACCAAGCUGCGCCGCCUCAUCCUGUCGGACGAGCUGCGGCCCCCGCCCCGGCGCCGCCAGCCCCCCGACGCCGGCCUGUCCCCGUCCCGCCGCACCCACCAGCGCUCCAAGUCCGACGCCACGGUCGGGGCCAGCCUGGGCGGCGCGGGAGGCCUCAAGCGCACCGCCAGCAACCCCAGGGUCGAGCCCGAGGACGAGGCGCUCUCCUCCAGCGCCGAGAGCGUUGAUAAUUCAUUCAGCUCACCCGUCCGCCUGGCCCCCGAGCGCGAGUUCAUCAAGUCCCUCAUGGCCAUCGGCAAGCGGCUGGCCACGCUGCCCACCAAGGAGCAGAAGACGCAGCGCCUCAUCUCCGAGCUGUCGCUGCUCAACCACAAGCUGCCCGCCCGCGUCUGGCUGCCCACCGCCGGCUUCGACCACCACGUCGUGCGGGUGCCCCACACGCAGGCCGUCGUCCUCAACUCCAAGGACAAGGCUCCGUACCUGAUCUACGUGGAAGUCCUGGAAUGUGAAAACUUUGACGCCGCCAGCGUCCCGGCCCGGAUUCCCGAGAACCGGAUCCGGAGCACGCGGUCGGUGGAGAACCUGCCGGACUGCGGCGCGGCCCACGAGCAGCGGGCGGGCGGCUUCACCACCGUCCCCAACUACGACCACGACGACGAGGCCUGGUCCGUGGACGACAUCGGCGAGCUGCACGUGGAGCUCCCGGAGGGUCACACCAGCAGCUGCGACAACAUCUCCCAGUUCUCCGUGGACAGCAUCACCAGCCUGGAGAGCAAGGAGCCCGUGUUCAUCGCCGCCGGGGACAUCAGGCGGCGCCUCUCGGAGCAGCUGGCCCACACGCCCACCGCCUUCAAGCGGGACCCGGAGGACCCCUCGGCCGUGGCCCUCAAGGAGCCGUGGCAGGAGAAAGUGCGGCGGAUCCGGGAGGGGUCCCCCUACGGACACCUCCCCAACUGGCGCCUCCUGUCCGUCAUCGUCAAAUGCGGGGACGACCUGCGCCAGGAGCUCCUCGCCUUCCAGGUGCUCAAACAGUUGCAGUCCAUCUGGGAGCAGGAGCGCGUGCCUCUGUGGAUCAGACCCUACAAGAUCCUGGUCAUCUCGGCCGACAGCGGCAUGAUCGAGCCCGUGGUCAACGCGGUGUCCAUCCACCAGGUGAAGAAGCAGUCGCAGCUGUCGCUGCUGCCCUACUUCCUGCAGGAGCACGGCAGCCCCACCACCGAGGCCUUCCUCUCCGCCCAGCGCAACUUCGUCCAGAGCUGCGCCGGCUACUGCCUCGUCUGCUACCUGCUGCAGGUCAAGGACAGGCACAACGGGAACAUCCUGCUGGACGCCGAAGGCCACAUCAUCCACAUCGACUUCGGCUUCAUCCUGUCCAGCUCCCCCCGCAACCUGGGCUUCGAGACGUCCGCCUUCAAGCUGACCCCCGAGUUUGUGGACGUGAUGGGCGGCCUGGACGGCGACAUGUUCAACUACUACAAGAUGCUGAUGCUGCAGGGGCUGAUCGCCGCCCGCAAGCACAUGGACCGCGUGGUGCAGAUCGUGGAGAUCAUGCAGCAAGGCUCGCAGCUGCCCUGCUUCCACGGGUCGAGCACCAUCCGCACCCUGAAGGAGCGUUUCCACAUGAGCAUGACGGAGGAGCAGCUGCAGCUGCUGGUGGAGCAGAUGGUGGAUGGCAGCGUGCGCUCCCUCACCACCAAGCUCUACGACGGCUUCCAGUACCUCACCAACGGCAUCAUGUAGCCCCCCGGCCCUGCCGCCCCGCGGGGGGCCGGACGGACUCACGGGAACUCUCGGGGGGCUGGUGGGGGGGGCCUGGCGCUUCCCCGGCCGCGGGGGA